AUGAUCAAGGCGUUCAUCGUGGUGAAUAACCACGCCAUGGUGCGAUUGUGUCGAUUCUACGAGCAGUUAGGGGUGGAUAAGCAAACGGAGCUGUGUCAGACGGUGUAUAAACUGGUGACGAGUCGUCCCGAUCACCUGUGCUCGUUCGUCGACGACGAGAAAACGUUCGGACCGGACACCAAGCUCGUGUACAGACACUUCGCCACCCUGUACUUUUGCAUCUUAAGCGAUCGAAGCGAGAGCGAGCUCGCGAUGCUCGAUCUCAUCCAGGUGUACGUCGAAACUUUGGACAAGGUGUUUGAAAACGUAUGCGAGCUCGAUUUGAUCUUCAACUCCCCAAAGGCGUACACCGUCCUCGACGAAACCGUCGUCGGGGGCUUAGUGCUCGAGAUCAGCACGAACAAAAUAUUAAACGUGUACGAUCAGCUCAUGAAGUUGGAGAAGAUGCACUCGAGUCUGAUGGACAAAAUCGCGAUAUCCUAG